CUCGGUGUGCGGCAGGGAGUCAGUCACCCAGGAGGAGGUGCAGUAAUAGUCAGCCAGGUCCUGCUGUGGAGCAGAUGCAGUCAGGAGCUCAGCCAGGCUGCAUCUCAUAGGAAAGACUGGAUGAGCCCUGGGCGACCUCGGCUGCUCCUCCUGGCCUGGACCUUGCACCAUCGCUGGAUGAUUACUACUACUCCUUCUUCUUCUUCACCUCCUUCUUCUUAGGACUCUUUCUUCUCCACCCUCAUGAUUGCCAACGUGCAGAGACAGAGCCGGCUGGGAGCCCCCCGCCUGGCUGCCUGUAGGGCUCACCCCAAAAGACUGGAGAGCGAUGAGCCACCUGCUAAGUGCCCCAGGCUGAAUGAUUCUCCUUCAGACAAUGGACUGCUACCUUCUCCUGGUUCCCCACAACCCCCAGACCUGCACAGUGCUUCUUCUCAACACCAAGGACCUACCUGCAUAGGGAAUUACCUGCUGCUACCUGCUGGAGAUCGGGAGAACGUGUCCAGAGCCCUCAACCUGCACACUGGAGAGGAGCUGCAGUGCAAGGUUUUCCCCCUAAAGCACUACCAGAAAAAAAUCCAGCCUUACAUCCACCUGCCGUGGCACCGUAACAUCACCGGGAUUGUGGAGAUUAUCCACGGAGAGAGCAAGGCCUAUGUGUUCUUCGAGAAGGAGUUCGGUGACAUGCACUCCUAUGUGCGAAGCUGCAAAAGGCUGGGCGAAGAGGAGGCGGCCAAGUUGUUCAAGCAGAUCAUCAGCGCCGUUUCCCACUGCCAUCGAUCUUCUAUAGUCUUAGGAGACCUCAAGCUGAGGAAGUUCGUCUUCUCUGACAAAGAAAGGACUCAACUGAGGCUGGAAAGUUUGGAGGACGCUCACAUCAUUAAAGGAGAAGAUGAUGCUUUGUCAGACAAACAUGGAUGCCCAGCUUAUGUGAGCCCGGAGAUUCUGAACACAACAGGGACUUAUUCUGGGAAAUCGGCCGAUGUUUGGAGCUUGGGAGUCAUGCUCUUCACCCUACUGGUGGGACGCUAUCCUUUCCAUGACACAGACCCUAGUUCCCUAUUUUCAAAAAUUCGACGUGGACAGUUCUGUAUUCCGGACCAUGUAUCUCCAAAAGCUAGGUGCCUUAUACGAAGCCUUUUGAGGAAGGAACCUUCUGAAAGACUCACUGCAGAUGAGAUUUUAUUACAUCCCUGGUUUGAGGCCACAACACAUCCCAGUUACGCGGACCAGGAAUCAAGUAACACUGACCAACUAGUGCCGGAUGUGCCACAGAACUGUGAUGACCUAGAGUCGUUCUUUUGCUAGCUCGUCCCUUCUGAAGGGACCGCAUUAGCAUCUUGUAAAGACCAUAAGCAGGACUUGUUAUAAACUUUAAAGCCCAUAUCGGCGUGGACGACCAUCUUGUGUUUUACUCAUUUGAUAAAUGUCCUUCUGACUUUGCCAACAAUUAUCCUAUUGCAAAAGCUUUUGUCUUGGGGGAAGGUUGGUGCUUCAUCUUGUGGGGCAUUUUCUAGUAAGGUUGUGUUUUUUUUUUUUUUUUGAGAAACUGAGAGUGGACCCAUCACCUUCUCAAGGGAGAAAGCCAUUUUUGAGGUUCAGAACAUUACACACUGGAGAACUGGUGGACGGCAUAAUGGUACAGAUUAAGCUAUGGCAUCUUUUCGAGGUGUAGAUGGUUGACCCUUCUCUACAAUGAAAACAGUGGGCCUCAGAGUACUUGCGAAUCUUCUGAUGUGUUGUAAUGGUGUUUCAAAAAUUCUAGUGAAUUUUUGCUGUUUAAGUUGGUGCCAAUUACUUCAAAAAAAUUAGUCAUUUAAAAAAAUAUAUAUAUGGCUUCAAGUACAACCAGUGAAAUGUGGUAUGGGAAAUCAUCGGUUCUCUGUAGGUUCUUUGUGACUAUUAUCCCCUUUGUUAAAGCUGACACAUGGGAAGGACCAGUGAAGAGAACCGAAUAUUUUUGAAGAAAAAAAAAAAAACAAUUUAUACGGCCAUAAAAUUUUUGCAGAGUGCUAUGGGUGUCCUCGCAGAUGUUCACUAUAGUAAAAAAAAAUUGUGAAAAUUACACAUAUACCUCAUUAUUUUUGGCCUUGGCGCCACGCAUUUCACAACUUCAGUAAUGAAUAAGUUAUAAGUUCAAUUUCUUGUAAAUAUUUUCAUGGUGACUAUACUUUGUGGAAGUGGAUCCUUUAUUACUGAGCUGUACUCUGUGGAAUACAGAUGUAGCAGUGCGGAGUUUGUCAUUCCACUUUUUUAGUGCUGCCUGUUGAUUCCUGCAGUUGAGAUGAUGCAGCCAGUUUCCCCGCUGUCCAAUGGACAAUCACCUAUAAAUCGCCUUGAGUCACAAAUUACAAACUCAACUUUGCUACAUCUGUGCAUAGCGAGCAGUUUUACCUUUUUGGGUUUCUACGUGUUAUAGUCUGUGGGUUCACCUUGCUCUAGAGUGAGUCCUAAUAUAAGAUGGUGCUUGACAACCUGUCACUGUGCAUGCCAGGCCCUGAUGGCAGCGAAGUAAAAAUUUGAGAGAAAAAAAUAAAAUUGUAAAAAAAAUUUCAAAAUAUUUUAAUUGUAAAUUAAGAAAAAAAAAUUCCCAACAAUAAUUAGCAGUUGUAAUGUGAAUAACUGUUGGCAAAAAUUAUCUGUCAAAAAUG